GCGAGAGCAAGUUGACGUAAUCUCUUUAAAUCAAGUCGAUCUAUCAGUUCUCUUCUUCUCCUCCUGUGCAGAGAGACGCCCGCCGGGUUUUUUAUUUAUACACAUUAUCUGAACGGGGAAAGAAACUCGUCGAGGUCGCAAUCUCAGCUCCAUCCGGCGGAAGACACCGCUAGAAUGGGUGUUUUUCAUCCAAGUGGACUUUCUAUCAGUUUUGGCAGAUUUUGAUAUAAAAACACUCGCACACUCUCAUCACCAUCGACGCCCCGCUAGCUACCGUUACUUCUCACUGCUCAGCUGCUGCUGGUGUCGCGGCGAUCAACCUCAGACGAGGGAUAUAUAAGGAUUCUUAUUGGGAGCCGGUCCUAAGCUGCAAUCAUGUCUGGGGCGUCUGUAAAAGUCGCCGUUCGAGUUCGGCCCUUCAACUCCAGGGAGAUGGGCAAGGAUUCAAAAUGUAUAAUUCAGAUGCAAGGCAACACCACAACUAUUCUCAACCCCAAAGCCCCAAAGGAACCAGCAAAGACGUUCAGUUUCGAUUACUCCUACUGGUCACACACUACGCCCGAAGACCCCAGCUUUGCGUCACAGAACCUUGUGUUCAACGAUAUUGGCAAAGAAAUGCUGCAGCACGCUUUUGAGGGCUACAAUGUUUGCAUCUUUGCUUAUGGCCAGACAGGAUCUGGCAAAUCCUACACAAUGAUGGGCAAGCAGGAGGAGGGCCAGGAAGGAAUCAUUCCCAUGCUCUGUGAAGAUCUAUUUGAUAAAAUCAAUGACGGCAGCAACAAAGAAGAGCUCUCUUACUCAGUGGAGGUCAGUUACAUGGAGAUCUACUGUGAACGGGUACGAGACUUGCUCAAUCCCAAAAACAAAGGGAACCUACGAGUGCGAGAACACCCUCUACUUGGCCCCUACGUGGAGGACCUGUCCAAGCUGGCCGUCACCUCCUACACAGACAUCGCUGACCUGAUGGAUGCAGGCAACAAGGCCAGAACUGUGGCCGCCACCAACAUGAAUGAAACCAGCAGCAGGUCCCACGCUGUUUUCACCAUCGUCUUCACACAGAAGAAACACGACAGUGUGACAGACCUCUCCACAGAAAAGGUCAGUAAAAUUAGUCUGGUAGACUUGGCGGGUAGCGAACGAGCAGAUUCCACUGGAGCUACAGGCACCAGGCUAAAGGAGGGAGCAAACAUCAACAAAUCUCUCACCACGUUAGGGAAGGUAAUCUCUGCCUUGGCUGAAGUGGAUAACUCUACCAGCAAGAGCAAGAAGAAGAAGAAGAGUGACUUCAUCCCUUACAGAGACUCUGUUCUGACAUGGCUGCUGAGGGAGAAUCUGGGUGGAAACUCCAGAACAGCUAUGGUAGCCGCCCUCAGUCCUGCAGAUAUCAACUAUGACGAAACUCUCAGCACACUCCGCUAUGCCGACCGAGCCAAGAACAUCAAGUGCAAUGCCAUCAUCAAUGAGGAUCCCAACAAUAAGCUGGUGCGCGAUCUGAAGGAUGAAGUGACUCGACUGAAGGAGCUGCUCCGCGCCCAGGGCCUGGGAGACAUCCUGGACAUUGAUCCUAUGGGGGAUGAUUGCCCGGGAAGUGGAAUCAAAUACCUGAAAGACAUUCAGAACAAUAAGAAUAGAUACUUGGUAGCUUCAGAGAAUCAACGACCUGGCCAUUUCUCCACAGCCCCUAUUGGUUCCCUGACAGCCUCUCCAUCCUCUGGCUCACUGUGCAGCCAGGGGGGCCUGCAGUCGGUCACCAGCAUCCAGGAGCGCAUCAUGUCCACACCUGGAGGAGAGGAAGCCAUUGAAAGACUGAAGGAAUCGGAGAAGAUCAUUGCCGAGCUCAAUGAAACCUGGGAAGAGAAACUGAGAAAGACUGAGGCGAUCCGCAUGGAGAGGGAGGCCUUGCUUGCAGAGAUGGGUGUGGCAAUCCGCGAAGAUGGAGGCACUCUGGGCGUAUUCUCUCCUAAAAAGCUUAGCCAUGAAACGCCAUUUGAAGAGCAGUUUGAUUGUUUUCCCACUAAGAAGCAAUUUGUUGAGAAACCUUGUGAUCUCUAUGCAGACUUUAGCGGGGUGUUUUCCCCUAAAAAGACUCCACAUCUGGUUAACCUGAACGAGGAUCCUCUGAUGUCAGAGUGUCUGCUCUACUACAUCAAAGAUGGAAUUACAAGGGUGGGUAAGGCCGACACUGAGAGACGACAGGACAUUGUUUUGAGUGGUGCUCAUAUCAAGGAAGAGCACUGCAUCUUCCGCAGCGAGAGGAAUGCCAAUGGAAAUGUUAUCGUCAUGCUGGUACCCUGUGAGGGAUCGGAAACCUACGUCAACGGCAAGCGUGUUGUAGAUGCAAUCCAGCUUCGUUCAGGUAACCGUAUCAUUAUGGGAAAGAACCAUGUGUUCCGGUUCAACCACCCAGAACAGGCCAGAGCUGAGAGGGAGAAGACACCAUCUGCUGAAACCCCAGUGGAGCCUGUGGAUUGGACCUUUGCUCAGAGAGAACUUCUCGAAAAGCAGGGCAUCGACAUGAAGCAGGAAAUGGAGAAAAGGCUCACUGAGAUGGAGAUCUUGUACAAGAAGGAGAAGGAAGAGGCAGACCAACUUCUGGAGCAACAGCGACUGGUUUACGAGAGCAAAUUGCAAGAGCUUCAGAAACAGGUGGAGACUCGUUCCCUCGUCGCUGAGACACCGGAUGAAGAGGAGCUGGAGGAGGAGGAGGAAGAGGAAGAGCCUAAACUAUUUGGAUUGCCGUGGACUCAGCAUGAGUUUGAGCUGGCACAAUGGGCUUUUAGGAAGUGGAGGUAUCAUCAGUUCACCUCCCUCCGUGAUCAACUGUGGGGAAAUGCUGUCUACCUGAAGGAGGCCAACGCCAUCAGUGUGGAGCUAAAGAAGAAAGUCCAGUUCCAGUUCGUCUUGCUGACAGACACUCUGUACUCGCCGCUGCCCCCUGAGCUCCUGCCUCCAGAACCGGAGAAAGAACGCGACUCCAGGCCGUUCCCCCGCACCGUGGUGGCUGUAGAGGUUCAGGACCUUAAGAACGGAGCCACGCACUACUGGUCCCUUGAUAAACUCAAACAGAGGCUGGAGCAGAUGAGAGAGAUGUAUGACCGCGCUGGUGAAAUGGCCUCCACUCCCCAGGAAGACGGCGAGGGCUCCAUGUCAGGAAAUGACCCCUUCUAUGAUCGUUUCCACUGGUUUAAACUGGUGGGAAGCUCCCCCAUCUUCCACGGCUGCGUCAACGAGCGCCUGGCCGACCGCACGCCCUCUCCCACCUUCUCCACCACUGACUCCGAGAUCACAGAGAUGGCGGAUGAGCGCCAGAGCGAGAUGUCUGACCUGAUCGAUGACGAGGCGUUCGUGGACGACACCAGCUCAGAUGCGGGCACCGAGGAGGGCUCGGACAUCUUCAGCGACGGCCAGGACCCCUUCUACGACCGCUCCCCCUGGUUCAUCCUGGUGGGAAGAGCUUUCGUGUACCUGAGCAACCUGCUCUACCCUGUGCCACUAGUUCACCGUGUUGCCAUAGUAACAGAGAAGGGUGCGGUGCGUGGUUUCCUGCGCGUGGGGGUCCAGGCUAUAGCUGCUGACGAGGAGGCUCCAGACUACGGGUCAGGAGUUAGACAGUCAGGAACCGCCAAGAUUUCUUUUGAUGAUGAGUACUUCAAAAAGAACGACUUUACCUCCACGGUUAUGACUCACUCCGGCUUGUCGCUAGAAGAGCUGCGGUUUGUGGAGGGUCAGGGUCAGAGUUCAGAGAUCAUCACCCCCUCAGAGGAGCUCAACAGGAUCAACGACAUGGACCUCAAGCUGGAAAACCUUUCAGAGACCAAGCUGAAUCUCAGUGACAGUGAGGUGGGCCAGCUGGAGGUGGGCAGCAUCUUUACCUUCCGUGUCACCGUCCUCCAGGCCAGUGGCAUCCUGCCUGAGUAUGCCGACAUCUUCUGCCAAUUCAAUUUCCUGCAUCGUCAUGAUGAGGCUUUUUCCACUGAGCCCCUAAAGAACAGUGGCAAAGGAGCUCCUCUGGGCUUUUAUCACGUCCAGAAUAUUUCAGUGGAGGUCACAGAGUCCUUUAUCGAGUACAUCAAGACCAAGCCCAUUGUGUUUGAAGUGUUUGGUCACUACCAGCAGCACCCACUGCAUCUGCACGGUCAGGACCUGAUCAGUCCUCCAACACCAUCAAGGAAAUACUAUCCUAUUCCCAUGCCUCUGUCUAGACCAGACCAUACCCGUAAGAUAGAGUUAAUCCGCUACUUGAUGAGCGGCUAUGUCAACGGCACGGUGCUGGACACACUGUCCCUGCACGCCAACGCCCUGGCCUCCUCUGCUGUGGCCAGUCUGGAGGAUGAGGCCGACCAACUCUCUCACUUCCCCUUCCUCUCAAUGCUGAACGACCCGGUGCUAAUCGUGCCCAGGCACCAUGUUCCAGCCACCAAGUUGAACACCAUCACCAAGUCCAACCUGGGCCAGUGCGUCAGCAAGUACGACCUGCUGGUGUGGUUUGAGAUCAGCGAGCUGGAGCCCACUGGAGAGUACAUCCCAGCUGUUGUGGAUCACAGUGGAGGACUGCCCUGCCACGGUACCUACCUACUGCACCAGGGGAUCCAGCGGAGGAUCACGGUUACACUCAUCCAUGAGAAGGGUAGCGAGCUCCACUGGAAGGACGUCCGUGAGCUGGUCGUGGGUCGCAUCAGGACCAAGACUGAGGUGGACGACAGCGCUGCCGACGCUGUCCUGUCCCUGAACAUCAUUUCUGCCAAGAACAUCAAGUCAUCACACAACUCCAACAGGCUUUCUAUUGAUAAGGAUAUUGAUAGGACUUUCUACCGCUUCGAGGCUGUGUGGGACAGCUCCCUGCACAACUCCCUCCUGCUAAACCGAGUCACUCCUUAUGGAGAGAAGAUCUUCAUGACCCUGUCUGCGUAUCUGGAGCUUGACCACUGCAUCCAGCCUGCUAUCAUAACCAAAGACAUCUGCAUGGUCUUCUACUCCCGAGACGCAAAGAUCUCCCCUCCACGUUCCCUGAGGAACCUCUUUGGGAGCGGUUACUCCAAAUCUCCUGACUGCAACCGAGUCACUGGCAUCUACGAGCUGAGCUUGUGCAAGAUGUCUGACACUGGAAGUCCAGGGAUGCAACGGAGGAGGAGGAAGAUCCUGGACACGUCAGUGGCUUAUGUGCGUGGAGAGGAGAACCUGGCCGGCUGGAGGCCCAGAGGUGACAGUCUCAUCGUGGAGCACCAAUGGGAGCUGGAAAAAAUGGAGCAGCUGCACGAGGUGGAGAAGACCCGUCACCUGCUCCUCCUGAGGGAGAAGCUGGGAGAGGCUCCUCCAGUGGGCAACACUCCCACCGCCAAGUCCCUGAGCGAGUCGCUCUCCCCGAGCAUGAGCUCCGGCACCCUGUCCACCUCAACCUCCAUCUCCUCACAGAUCUCCAGCACCACCUUUGAAAGCGCCAUCACGCCCAGCGAGAGCAGCGGCUACGACUCCGCCGACAUAGAGAGCCUGGUGGAUCGUGAGAAGGAGCUGGCCACCAAGUGCCUGCGCCUCCUGACACACACUUACAACAGUGAAUACAACCAGGUGGUCAACAGUAUCAGCGACUGCAAGCUGUCGGACAUCUCACCAAUGGGACGUGAUCCGUCAGUGACCAGCUUCAGCAGCGCCACCCUCACCCCCUCCUCCACCUGCCCCUCUCUGUCUGACUCCCGCUGUGGCUCCUUAGACCAGAAGACACCAGAGAACAGCUCCCGUGCCUCCAGUCCCUCCUGCUCAGACUAUGAAAACUUCCCGAUGGUUCCCACACUGGAGUCCUCGUACUUAGCACGGGCUGGAAAGAACGAGUUCCUCAACUUGGAGCCUGAUAUUGAAGAAAUGAGGCCAGGGUCUGUUGUGUCCAAGAAGGGAUUCCUGAGCUUCAUGGAGCCUCGCUCCAACUCAUGGGUGAAGCACUUUGUGGUUGUGCGCCGACCCUACGUCUUCAUCUACAACAGCGACAAAGACCCGGUGGAGCGGGGCGUCCUCAACCUCUCAACAGCACAGGUGGAAUACAGUGAGGACCAGCAGGCCAUGCUCAAGACUCCAAACACGUUUGCCGUGUGCACAAAACACAGAGGAAUCCUGCUGCAGGCCAACAACGAGAAAGACAUGAACGACUGGCUCUACGCUUUUAAUCCUCUGCUAGCAGGGACGAUAAGAUCUAAACUGUCGAGGAGGCGCAGCGGCCUGAUCAAGAACUGAAGUGAGUCGACUGGCACACAGGAAACCACGGCUACCGUUCUUUCUGAACAGCCUUUGAACAUACCAAGUGUUAACACUUAUUAAUCAUUGUGAUUCUUGACGGUUUUCUCUUGUAAGUAGACUUGUGGCUUAAGUCUCCUUUCAUGCGACUAAACGUUUCAGUUGCAGAGGAAUUUGCCUCCUCUCGCCCUCCAACAAUCCUCUGCCAACUCCUCUCAAUUUCUCUCCUCCCUUUACCUCCUCCUCAGCUUUUCCGUGUUUUUUGGUUUCGAUGACGAUGUUCGGGUCUGAUUUUUGUUCCGCUUUGUUGUCAUUCCCCCAACUCCCUAACUAGUAGCAUGUUGUAAUAGUCUACUUGUGUGUGCACGAUUCUUCAGAAAAUGCUCUUUCUGGCCACAACUUUUCAGUUUGCCAAUCAUCUGUAAAAAAAAAAAACUAAUCGUCUCUAUCAGUGUUAUUUGUCUCCCUAGAAGAGUUUUGUUCCUUUUUUUCAUUAAUAUGCCCACAUGAUAACUGCAGCAGUCCUCAGGGGAUGGACAGGUUCGCUCCAAAAAAGUGAUAUCAGAUGAUUACAAUUAAAACCAUGAAGGGAAAAUAUAGAAGUAUCUCCUAAUGAAGUAUCAGUUCACGCUCUGCUACUGAAGGCAGGGCGACUUUUAAGAACCAUUGCUGCUAAUGAAUUCAUAGGAUUUCUUUUCCUCCUCUUUAUGAGAUCUGCACCAGGUCUCUUCCUAAACUAGUCUCCAGCUUCCCCCUGUACUGCCUCCUAAACAGCCAUCAGAAUCUAAAUGUGGAAGAAAACCUGUCAAGGACUCUGUGAAACAUGAGGGCUGCACCGGAUUUCCACCGUCAUCCAUGUGAUGUUUAGAUCCCACUCCUCCAGUCUGUGUACAUACACCCCUCGUCCGUGACUAAUUAUUUACAAUCAUGCAUUUGUGUCGACAUCAGAAAUACACGCAUUCAAAUUGAAUUUGUAUCUCCACAGUGGAAACACGACGACGGAUUGUUCAAACAGGAGUAGAUAUUAGUCCCUGUCCCUUUUCUUUGCGAUUUCAUCUAAAAUGAACACAGGGUUUUCCAGGGGAGGAUGAGGAGUAAGAGGAGGAAGAAGAUGAGCAGUGCUCUGAAGAGAGAAUAUCAUUUGUACAUACAGUCUGUUCUGGGAUCAGCACAGUAGUUAACUCUCAUUUAGGACAUUCCUCUCAGCUCCCCGAGCUCCAGGCAGUUUUUCUUACACUGUUUAGCCUCAGACCUCAAGAGAGUCUCAACAUUUUAUUUCACCUUCACAAACAUGUGACGCCGAAGACAAAACCAAAACGCGAUGAAGCGGUGGGAAGAAGUGAGAAGGAGAGUGAAGUUGCGGUGCUUUAGCCUUGACCACAGUGGUUAGUGGACGAAGCUGCGAGCGUACAGCCUGCAGGACAGAUAACGAUCCAGUCGACCCCAUGACUCCCCUCACUGUCACCCCAGUGUCGGCUGAAUCCUCUGUAGGGUCAAGUACUUACUGUUCAGAGCCACCGCAGCUCAUCACAUGUUUAUUUUCUAUUUGUGUUCUUAAAUUGAAACCUCUUAACACAUCUAACCUUCACUGGGUUGACAUUCCAUUAUUUUUGUUUAUUAUUAACAUUUUUUUUCUAUUAUGCUUUUAACCAUUCCAUAGCGGUGUUUUAUAUGAAAUGUUACAGAGGGCAUUUAUUUCUUAAUUUUUAACCAAGGAUCAUGUUUGUUGAACCUUAUUUUGCACAUUAACACGUAUCUAUAGCAAGAAGAGGGCAGAUCCCGCGUGUUGAGACCAGAGUAUCAGGAACACUGAGAAGAGCACAUAUCAAGGCUACACUGGAUAGCUGCUUUCCAAAGGGUUUACUAGACAGAAAUGAAAGAAGAGAUGUUAAAGGGACGACAUUGACUCAAAGGUUUUAUUUCUGAUAUUCUUUAUGAAAAUAUUUGCUCUGUACAUCGUCGCACAGAUGAUACGUUAUGAAAUUUUUGGUGCCUCUGUCUCAACAAACGCUUGAAGAGUGAUGGGUACAUGGGCGUUGAUAAACUCCGGCCAGCCAACCGGUAGUUUGCCGUCUGUAUCGUAUGAAAGGAACAUGGCCAAAUGUAUUGAAACAGAGGAACCUGUUGCCUGUUACAAGUUUUAGGGGAAUUAUCAGUGAUGCAGCUGAUGUAAAAAGACUGAAAACAUUCACCUCAGAAAUGGAAAGCUGCCGUCAGGUCAGACAACCUGCUGGUCAGAAAAACUAAAUCCUGUUGGACUGUUUCUGAGAAAGUAUUUUCUGUCUGUUUAAGAACCCACAUAAAGAAAUCGGACUCAGAAACGUUCUGUUCUCCAAUCAGAAUGCAACGCACCUCACGUUAACCUCCGGACCCUCAAUGUUUGUGAUGCAUAUCGAGGUGAAAACAUGUCGGAGCAAACAUUUUCACUUUCAUUCACAGAGGUAUAUUAUUUUGGGAUUGUGUAUUUAUUGUUUGCAAUGUACAUAUUAGUUUGCAGCUCUUUGCACAUAUGAAUAAAAACUGAUCAAACAGAGUCUGCACGGUUUAGUUAACUCAGAAUGAACCAGAGGAUGAUGUUGUGGCAGCCUCUUCCAGCCUGAAGUGGGGGAGAGUUGAAUGUACUUUUUUCUCCAUCUUUUAAAGAAAAGAAAAAAAAAAAGAGAACUAAGAUGUAACUCGCUGCGUCCCCGUCAGCGGGGCCGAGUUACAUUAGUGCUUCCUCUUGAUUAGAAAGUGGUUUGAGUGAAAGUCUGAGUUUUGAUUUGAAGAAUAUUUACUCACUGCUCACGCUAGCCAGCCGCCUGAAUCCUAACAAAGAUAAAAGUUGGUUUUUAUCUCAUUUUUAUGUUUUUCUAAUAUCAGGGAAUAUAAUACAAAGGUAGCUGUAGUGACAUCUAAAAUGACAGUAUACUAUUGUGUGUGCUGGUGUCUUUCUCCACCUCAACACUUUUUAUUUUCCGUUGAUGCCUUUCAAACAAAACUAGCCAUGAUAUAUAUUUUUUUUUCCAUCUUCCCCUCUGACAAUUAAUAUCAGUUAAAUAACUGCGUUCCCUUUGGCUUUGUUCACUACAAGAAGACGAGAAAAAACAAACACCAACAAACAGUGACGUCAACACUGUACAUUAUUUGUCAGACCGGUUUCAUUUUCAUACUUAUUUUGUAAAUAUCUGUGUUGUAUGGAGCUUGAAUUAAAAUGUAAAUAUGUUGACUGUAUUUGUAAUAAUUAUAAUCCAUUCGCUGUAUAGCAUAGAUGUGUCAUGCAGAUAUCCUAAUUCUGUGUAUGGUAACCUAACACCAUUGAACUGUUUUGUGAAUGAGGCAACAAUAAAAGUGCAAACUGUGCAUUAGCAGAACGCUG